AUGACGCCAAAAAAAAAACCUCCUGAAUUGGCAUCCACUGCCGCCACCGCCAAGAAGCAGCGCCUAGCUGCAUCAAAAAGUAUGAAUUCUACCAGGGAGGAUGCUGUUGCUUGCUCAACUAACAGAAAAAAUGCCCCAAUUGUUGUCACUCCAGUCAAAGGCAAACAAAAUAAGGUCUCCGCCAAACCUACCAAAGCCAAGAUGAAUGCGGGGCCAGUGCCCACGACGGCUGAAAAUAUGGGCAUGACAUUCCUUGACACGCUUCGUUCAACCUGCGUUCAAGUUGAUCACUCAAGUGAAGCAACAACUGGUAAUGCUUCUGCGGCUGCUGCUGGUGAUGAUGAUGAUGAUGAUCAUACUGGUGCUGGUGAUGUGGAUGGUGAUGUGGACGAUGGGUUUCUGCAUUAUGAUCCAGAUCCCAACGCCACCACUGUCGCAAUCUCCUU